UUGAGAUAUAGAGUAAACAUGACUGCAGAGGAUUGUGGUAUAGAGUAAACAUGACUGCUGACGGGGAUAGAAUAUUUCUCUUAGAGUAGAAAUUUAGAGUAGUAUGAGUGCGGUGAGUCUCUGACACUAGGGCGCACAAACGGACAACGAACCCAGCUCGAAAAGUUGUCCAGGAGAAACCGAAGGUCGGCGGGAUCCGCUCUCCGUUCGGGCGCGAGAUCCGCCAUCCCACCAGCAAUGGCGGCGGGGAUCGCCGGCGCGGUGGUGGCAGCGCUCCUGCUUCUGUAUCCGGCCAGGGCAGCGGCAGCGGCGGCGGUGGGGGAGGGGCGGCGGUUGCACACUCUGUUCUCGGUGGAGUGCGGCGACUACUUCGACUGGCAGGCGGUGGGGCUCCUCCACAGCCUCCGCAAGGCCCGGCAGCCCGGCGGCGUCACCCGCCUCGUCAGCUGCGCGGAGGACCAGCUCCCGUCCUACCGCGGCCUCCGCAUCGGCCACACCCUCCAGGUCCCCUCCUUCAGCCGCCACCCACGCACCGGCGACUGGUACCCAGCCAUCAACAAGCCAGCAGGGGUAGUGCAUUGGCUAAAGCAUAGUCCAGAGGCCGACAAUGUUGAUUGGGUUGUAAUCUUGGACGCAGAUCAGAUUAUUCGAGGGCCCAUUAUUCCUUGGGAACUCGGAGCAGAGAAAGGGAAGCCUUUUGCUGCUUAUUAUGGAUAUUUGAAGGGCUGUGAUAACAUCCUAGCACAGCUUCACACUGCACAUCCAGAAUUUUGUGACAAAGUUGGAGGAAUUCUAGCCAUGCAUAUUGAUGACUUAAGGGCUUUAGCACCUCUGUGGCUCUCAAAAACUGAAGAAGUGAGGCAAGAUAAGUCCCAUUGGUCAACCAAUAUUACUGGCGAUAUAUAUGGCAUGGGUUGGAUCAGUGAGAUGUACGGGUAUUCAUUUGGUGCUGCAGAAGUAGGUCUACGGCACAAGAUAAAUGAUGACAUAAUGAUCUACCCAGGUUAUACUCCUAGACCUGGCAUUGAGCCACUUAUCUUGCACUAUGGUUUGCCAUUUAAAGUUGGAAACUGGUCAUUCAGUAAAUUAGAACACCAUGAAGAUGGAAUAAUUUAUGAUUGCAACCGCUUGUUCGAUCCACCUCCUUUUCCUAGAGAGGUUGAGAUGAUGGAAUCUGACCCAAAUAUAAAACGUGGCUUAUUUCUAAGCAUAGAGUGCAUUAACACCUUGAAUGAAGGACUCUUGUUGCAUCAUGCAUCUGCUGGAUGCCCUAAACCACAGUGGUCAAAAUACCUGAGUUUUCUUAAAAGCAGGAGGUUUUCAGAGCUUACAAAACCAAAAUACUGGAAGGGUGAACAGGUUGACAGCAUAAUGACCAUGCAACAUGUUGCAUUGUCCAAGGCAAACAAUGAAUAUCCAAAAAUACACACCCUUUUCUCUACCGAAUGUUCAUCAUAUUUUGACUGGCAAACUGUUGGACUUAUGCACAGUUUUCGUUUAAGCGGACAGCCUGGUAACAUCACGCGCUUAUUGAGCUGUACGGAUGAGGACUUAAAGAACUAUAAAGGACAUGAUCUUGCUCCCACACAUUAUGUUCCAUCUAUGAGCCGACAUCCAUUGACAGGGGACUGGUACCCUGCAAUAAACAAACCUGCAGCAGUUCUCCAUUGGCUCAAUCAUGUGCAGACUGAUGCUGAGUUCCUUGUUAUCCUAGAUGCUGAUAUGAUCAUGAGAGGCCCCAUCACCCCAUGGGAAUAUGGUGCAAAACGUGGCCAUCCUGUUUCUACUCCUUAUGAGUACCUCAUUGGUUGUGAUAACAUACUUGCAAAGAUACACACUCGCAAUCCCUCCGCGUGUGAUAAGGUUGGUGGUGUCAUUAUCAUGCAUAUAGAUGAUCUUCGGCGUUUUGCUCUACUGUGGCUUCACAAAUCAGAGGAGGUUCGUGCAGACAAAGCUCACUAUGCAACCAACAUUACUGGCGAUAUAUAUAAUUCUGGCUGGAUUAGCGAGAUGUAUGGCUACUCUUUUGCAGCAGCUGAGAUUAACCUGCGACACAUCAUUAGGAGGGACAUAAUGAUAUAUCCAGGUUAUGUUCCACUGCCCAGGGCAAAAUACAGGGUUUUCCAUUAUGGUUUGAGAUUUGGAGUUGGUAAUUGGAGCUUUGACAAGGCGGAUUGGAGAAACGCUGAUGUAGUAAAUACAUGCUGGGCCAAGUUCCCUGAACCACCUGAUCCUGCUACGAUCACGAAACAAGAUCUAGAUGCACGGGAGAGGGAUUUUCUCAGCAUUGAAUGCGGGAGAGCUUUGAACAAAGCCCUAUACCUGCACCAUAAGCGCAGAAAUUGCCCCCGGCUAGACACCAUUAGCAGCACAUCUAAGAAAACUGAUCAAGUUUCUGCUUCUAACAAAAUUGUGAGUGUUGCACAAAAGUCAAGAAGUAUAAGUAGAGGAAACAUCGAAUCCAUGGACGAGGGAAGGUUGAAGACUGUCAAGAGGACUGCAGCUUCUGUACAACCUCUACAUAGAUCAAGGAGACUGGCCAGGUCUUCUAGGAUGUGGAUAAUUGCUGUAUGGGCAUUAUCAAUUGUGGUGUUCCUAUUAGUAAUCUCCAUGUUUUUCACUGAGCAAAGGAGAAACGCUUCGAGAUCUAGGGUUUCUAGAAGUUUAAAGGCUCAUGUCUGAGUAUUCUCUUUUUCUACCGACACAAUUUCUGACUAUAGAGCAGACAAUAUUCACAAACUGUUACUUUGUGGACGUAUAUAAUACAUAAAAGGAUUUUGCC